UAUAUAUAUAUAUAUAUAUGUAUUAGCUUGUUGCUGCUGUUCCUGUACGAUUUAGCCGACAGCUGUGCGCAGGGAAGUCACAGGCAAUUGUUAUUGUUUACACCUUUUGUGUGUUAUUGCGUUUAUUAUUAAAUUUCGGUGUCAGUUUCCUCUCUCUCUGUGUGUUCAAUUGCUAAAUGGUCUGGCUUGCCAAGACAGUUGGCGUGCUCGUACGUGUGCUCCAGGCCAGCCAAAAAGCACACACAAUUUAACAUUUAAUGCACACACGUCUAUGACACGCACUGUUUUGGUAGCCACGAAUUGGCCAUGUUUAAUUACGCAGAAAAAAACAAAAAUUUUGGAUAGAAAUUUUUUUGGGCUACUCAACAGCGUUGCCGUACAGUGUUUGUGUAUGCUGGGACCAAUAAAAGCGGUUAGCGUUGCCAGAGUGCUUAGCGGAAUAUUACCAGCACUCAUCCCGAAAUACUAUCUUUUUUCCACAAUUUUCAUAAUUGUUGAGUGAAAAUGAGUACGCCCACCAAAAACAAUGGCACUGGCUUGGAGGAUGUUAAUAUACCCGGUCAAGCGUUCCUGCGCGAGGCGCUCACUUCUUGCACCGAUCCUCUUAAGGCCAUCGAAAGUUUUCAGUUGGAGAAUGGCGUACUGUUACCGUCAUUGCGUCCUAUGCUGCCGCUAUUAGAUUUGCAUGGCGUGCGGCGCUUAGACUUUCACACCUCGCUCAUGGAGGAGCUGCGCGAUAAGCUGAUCGCUCAUAUUAACGAUCUUGGCCAGAAAGAGCCACGCGAACGUGACAAGAAGCUCAAGGAGCUGCUCGUCAAGAGCUUUCCCGUUGUGCGUGUCAAAUCGCUGCGACCGGUCGUCAUGGCCAUCUUGCGCAACACCCAACACAUCGAUGACAAGUAUUUACGAAUCUUGGUGCGGGAUCGAGAGCUUUAUGCAGAUACAGACACCGAGGUGAAGCGUCAAAUUUGGCGCGACAACCAGUCGUUGUUUGGCGACGAAGUGUCACCGCUGUUGUCGCAGUAUAUACGCGAGAAGGAGCAUAUUCUCUUUGAUCAUACAAAUCUCAACAAUUUGUUCUUUCAACCCACACCAAAGGUGCGACGGCAGGGCGAGGUGGUCCAGAAGCUGGCCAACAUGAUCGGCACCAGUGUCAAGCUCUACGAUAUGGUAUUACAGUUUCUGCGCACUCUCUUCUUGCGCACACGCAACGUGCACUAUUGUACGCUGCGCGCAGAGCUGCUAAUGGCGCUGCACGAUCUGGAGGUGCAGGAGAUUAUCUCGAUAGAUCCCUGCCACAAGUUCACCUGGUGUCUAGAUGCCUGCAUCAGAGAGAAGAAUGUGGAUAUUAAACGUUCGCGUGAACUGCAGGGCUUCCUCGACAACAUCAAGCGUGGCCAGGAGCAGGUGCUGGGCGAUCUAUCCAUGACUCUGUGCGAUCCGUAUGCCAUUAACUUUUUGGCCACUUCGGUGAUUAAGAUACUUCAGCAUCUGAUCAACAACGAGGGCAUGCCCAGGGAUAAUCCGAUAUUGAUUCUAUUGCUGCGCAUGCUGGCACUCGGUCUCAGUGCUUGGGUGAUGAUCGAUUCGCAGGACUUUAAGGAGCCCAAACUUGACUGCCAGGUGGUGACCAAGUUCCUGCCUGCUCUCAUGUCACUCAUGGUCGAUGAUCAGUGUCGCAAUCUGCACGGCAAGUUGCCGCCCGAUGAGCGCGAAUCCGCUUUGACCACCAUCGAGCAUUCGGGACCGGCCCCAGACGCUGUCGAGGCCUACAUUCAGGAGAGCUCGGUCUCAAGCAUUCUGGCUAUGUAUUAUACACUUCACUCGGCUCGGAUCAAGGACCGAGUGGGCGUGCUUCGCGUGCUGGCCAUACUCUCUGUGUGCAAGGACGAUCGCGCCUAUGAGGAUCCCUUUUUGCAUUCAUUGAUCGCGCUGCUAAUACCCAUGAGCGACGAGUUCGGCACCGAAGACUUUUGCACCACGCUCUUCGAUGAAUUCAUCUUCGCCGGCCUAAACCGCGAGAAUGUGACGUCGCGGCACAUGUUGAAGCUGCUGUGGUAUGUCCACAACAAGCUGCCAGCUGGCCGCUUAGCGACGCUAAUGAAGGCCAUGCAGCCGACCACGGCGCACAACGAGCACAUUCACAAGCUCUACGAAUCGCUGCAGGAGCGCAUUGGCUCAGUGCUCACAGCGCCGCUGCAGCCGCCGGAGGCAGCUGCCGCUGCAGACGGAGCAGCUGCAGCUGCAACUGCAGUUGGCACUGGCGCUGCUGCAGCAACAACAGCAGCAGCAACUGGCGUAGUCCCAACAGCACAGCCAGGAGUAAUAGGUGCAGCAGGAGCUGCUGCUGCAGCAGCAACUGAAUUCGAUUCGCCCUUGAAGAAUAUGUCCACUCCUGGGCCGCACUACAGUCCCCAAUAGCAGGAGGCAUUAGCAGCAGCAGCUGCUGCUGCUGCUGCCUCACCAGCUGCUUCCACUUCAUCGUUUGGCUAAAUCGAUUGGCCUAGUCAGCACUAUAAACGUAUAUCUUAACUCAAUCUAACCCAAAACCAAGCAAGAUUUUUUUUUAUGUGUCUAUAUACGAUAGAAGCUUGUUAGCCAAAGCUCCGUUUUAGUUAUAUGUGUCUAUAUAGAAGCUACCAUAGAAGUAUCUAAACCUUCAGAUAUUGCUCGCCAUAUAGCAUAUACCAUAUUCAUAUAUAUAUAUAUCUUAAGCUCUGUAAAUAGCUAUAAG